AUGGAAAACAUGCAGUUGCCUUUUCCAGAAUUGAGGCGCAUAACAGUGAAACGCUGCGACAAGUUGAAAUGCCUUCUAAAGAACGUUGUAGUUGGAAUGCUUCCACAACUACAACUCAUUGAGGUAUCAGAGGCUGCACGAACGGAGGAGCUCUUUUCACAUAGCAGUGAUGAAGCCAGUGCCAGUACGCAAGAACUUGUGCUUCCAAAUCUAGAAAUAUUGAGACUUUCAAGAUUGCCUAGCCUCACUCACUUCUGCAAAGGACUCAAGCUAAAUGCUCCACAACUCAAACAAGUCCAAAUAAAUGAAUGUCCAAAAUUGGACUUCUCCUCCCAGCAAGCCGCUACCACCCAAAGCACAGAUACAGAUGAGUCAUGUGACGGAGAGCAAUAAAGGAAAAUAGCAGAUGGAAGCUAGCAGCGGAAAGCAUUAUAUUAUGCGUAUGCAGAUGCAUGUUCUUAACUAGUUAGAGAGUUGUGCUUGGACGGUAAGACCUUGUGAUUUGAAAAUCAAAAGUAUUGAGGCCUUUAAUAAAGCGUAUAUGGCAAAAGUGGGGAAUUUGCCAGUGCUGUGAUUCAUAAAUAUGAAUGUGUUUUGUAUUGUAUUGAGAGUAAUACAAGAUGGAUGGUAUUGAUUUUGGGAUAUUUCAUGGGGAUGAGACCCUAAACCUUAUUGUGGUUGAUCAUAUGUGAAUCCCCCUCA